AUGUUCGCGGCUAAUGAACUUCUUGAUACGUUUUAUACGAAUGCAAACACAAUAAAUACCUACACAACUAUAAUAAUAUUUUAUAUGUUCCGAUUUGUUAAUAAAUAUUCACCUUACGUUGUUAUUAAGUCAGUUUCAACUAAGCGGAGUUCGUCGCUGGCCGCCGAACGCGGGAAAAAGAUGGCGGCUACAAAAGUAUUUAUAUUUUUUUUAUUUAAUUUUUUAAUCUGUGUCAACUGUCAACUUGGACUUGAUGAAGGAGCUCCGUGCAUCACCACAGGAUUAAAGGGAGUGUGUGUGAACGUCUUUAAAUGUAAUUCGGCAGCAUUAACUUAUUUAUAUGGUAACGCUGGUUUCGAUUUGCAGCAGUACAAUAUCCCACCACUUCCUGAAAUAUGUUCCUAUAAGGACAAUGAGCCUGUAGUCUGCUGCACCGACUGUGAUGUUGGGCAGGAGAAGUACCGCAACUUUAUCAUUGGUGCGAAUGGAUUUAUGGUCAAGAAAAGGGAUUCCUUGGCCUGGGAAAAAUGCUACGAGUAUUUCCAUAAGCUUCCGUUUAGCUGUCGUUUUCCUGGGUACUUCACAAUCGAAAAGACUUGGCUUCAUCAUCUCAAGUGUCACAACCAUACGUUCACUCCUGGUGGUUUUGGAUUCGCUGUCGGAGGACGAGAUGCCAAAAGAUGGGAGUUCCCACACGUGGCCUUGCUCGGUUAUGGAGAGGACGUGGACUCUGCCGAGUGGCUGUGUGGAGGAUCUGUCAUCAGCGAGAGAUUUAUACUCACUGCUGCACACUGCUCAUCUACUCGCUUGCUAGGCAGCAUUCAGUACGCCGCGCUUGGGCUUUUGAGACGGACGGACCCCAAGGAAAACUGGAAGAUAUACAAAAUAAAGAGAAUCAUCAAUCAUCCUGAGUACAAACCACCUUCCAAGUACCAUGACAUAGCACUCUUGGAGACGGAAAACGAGAUAGCUUUUGGACAGGACUUGUUGCCAGCAUGUUUGUAUACAGGACGUGAUCCUGUAAGAUUUGCUGAUGCCUCAGGCUGGGGGCGUUUAGGACACAGACAGGCAUUGGCAGAUACCCUACAAGUGGUCAAUUUGGAGGAAUUCCAGAGAUCUGAAUGUUCGACAAUAUACAAACCACACAGGCAUUUAACCAACGGUUACGACCAUUCAAAACAAAUGUGUUACGGAUCCCGUAUCGAAGUCAUAGAUACUUGUGAAGGUGAUAGCGGAGGACCUCUUCAAUAUGGUAGUGAAGGAUGCCACCAGACAGUAAUUGGUGUGACUUCAUAUGGCAAGGACUGCGGCAUCCUCGGCUCAGCUGGCAUGUACACCAGGGUCUCAUACUAUGUGCCCUGGAUCGAGGGCAUCGUGUGGCCUGAGGAAGUGGAGAAACGCAAGCAAAAACAAAACCAAUGGUGGGACAAAUGGAUGCAAUGGAAUUGA